GGUGGCUGUGUUUUGAUGGAAAAAGUGGUAGAGAUAGGAUCGGUCCUUGGUUCGAUCACUUUCACAGUGUGUAGGACGAAAAAUUUAUCCCAGCCAGGGGAUGGCCUGUCACUUUAUAUAAAGGACUUAAAACAAACGUUGGUUUCUUUGUGAGCCAGCUAGAUAUACUUUUUGUCCAUAAAAUACCUCUCUGAACUGUUUAUCCUUUGGAGCAAAUGGUAAAAUGAAUUGAUGACAUUAGGUAAAUACUGAUUUAAUGUUAAUUCAUGUAAGAAGCUAGUAUGACACCAGCUGACAAAGAUGGAGGAGUAAAUCUGCAAUACGGGACUUAUCAACAAGUAGACACGUCUGAUAACAACCCUCCCAUUGGUAAUCCUUCUAUAGCUGCCACGCCCAGAUGGGAGGGUAAUGAGGAAUGUGACAGACAGAUUCUGAGCUCAGAGUACUCCGAGUACCAAGAUGAAGGGAGGUCCAGCAAUCACAGGCCAUUCUCUCUGUGUGAGAUAUCUCGAGAUAAAAAGGUUUUGCUCCUGAUGAUGGCUGUGUGUAACUUCUGUGCUGCUGCCAACUUUUCUAUACUUGGACCAUUCUUUCCAGAGGAGGCCAGCAAGAAGGGGACCAGUCAAACUGUAAUAGGAUUUAUAUUCGGUAUAUUUGAACUCGUAUCCUUCCUUAUAUCACCAGUUUUUGGAAAUUAUAUGACAAAAAUUGGAACAAAGUUUCUUUUUGUUGCUGGUGUGUCUGUCAGUGGAGUCUGCACCAUUUUAUUUGGUGUCCUGAUCUACAGUCCGGGAGGUUACCAAUUUAUCCUCCUCUCUUUUCUGUGCCGGUCCCUGGAAGCCCUUGCCUCGGCAGCCUUUAUAACAGCCAGCUACGCUAUUCUUGCUGAUGCAUUCCCAAAACACAUUGCCACUGUGGUUGGUUACCUGGAGCUGUUUACAGGGAUUGGGAUGAUGGUAGGCCCAGCCAUUGGUGGUGGUCUGUACUCGUUAUCAGGUUAUGGUCUUCCAUUUUAUGUGUUGGGUGGAGCCCUAAUUGCAGCUGGAUCUAUCAGCUUCUUUUUCCUACCAACACUGGACAGUGCCCACAGGACUCUCUCUGUGUCUGUCCUUCAAUUACUCAAGAGUUCCUUUGUGUGGUGUGUGGCUGGUUGUAUUGUCAGUGGAUCAUACACCAUUAGUUACAUGGAGGCUACAUUGGCUAACCACCUACACAAACUGGGUAUUGGCACUGUGCCAGUGAGUCUGAUGUUCCUGAUCCCUCCUGCUCUGUAUGGCAUCACCUCCCCCAUCUGGGGAUGGAUAUCAGACUCCAAGAACUAUGUGGUUUCUCUGGUUGUGGGAGGUGCCCUGUUAGCCUCCAUUUUUUUCUUCACCCUUGGACCCUCACCAAUUUUUCCAUUCCUCCCUUUCUCUCUAUGGUUGGUAUCACUGUCACUAGUCGGAGUCGGGAUUUUCCUCAGUUGCCUCAUGAUUCCCAGCUUUACAGCAAUCCUUGUCGGAGCAGAACGUCUUGGAAUGGAGGAUAACUUGGAAACAUUUGGUGUUGUGUCAGGACUCUUUAACUCCUGUUACUCCUUUGGUGCUUUUGUUGGUCCUAUCUCUGGCAGUGCCUUAGUUGAUGCUGCUGGCUUUGGUUGGGGAUCUACAGUGUGUGCUGGUCUCCUCAUUCUGUCGGGUCUGGUUCUUUUAGUCUUUGUAACAAUCAACAGAAACAAAUUUGGAAAAGUGAAAACAUUACUUCCAGCACAAAGAAAAUUUUCUUUUAGACGCGGCAGGGAUUCAGCAGACACUGAGAUGUCCAGUGGGUUUGUUGACAAAGAAGAGACUGAAAUGUGCUCACUUUGAUGCAAAUUUGACUCACUCAGGAGCUUCAUGUCCAGAAAUAUAUUGUACAUAGCUUUAACUUGUUGUAUAUAGAUCAUAUAUGUACACUAUAAUUUAACCUUACUGACAUUUGCCAAUGUUUUGUCAACAAUAAAUAUACCUGUAAAUCUGGGGUAACACCAUCAUAA